GUGGCUCAGUUCUGUGCAGGGCCCGGUGCUGAAAGGGCAGGGAACAAUUGAUGGUGCUAUUUUGAAUUGAUUUUUCUUUCCCCCCAUUUUUAUUUUUGCACAUAGAGUCUCAUGCCUAAUAUUUAGACAUGAUGAGCUUUGUGCAAAAAGUAACUUGGCUCAUUCUUGCCGUGUUUCAACCCUCAAUUACUUUGGCACAACAAGAUGUUAUAGGGGCAUGUACACAUCUUGGGCAAGUGUACGCUGACAGGGAUGUUUGGAAACCAGAACCAUGCCAAAUCUGUGUGUGCGACUCAGGAUCUGUUCUCUGUGAUGACAUCAUCUGUGAUGAUCAAGAUAUAGCAGACUGUCCCAACCCAGAGAUUCCAUUUGGAGAGUGUUGCCCUGUUUGUCCACGGGUAACAACAACUCGUGAACCUACUACUAGAACUCCUAUCAAUAAUAAUGUUGUCAAAGGCCAAAAGGGAGAGCCGGGUUCUCCUGGAACUCAUGGAUCACCUGGCUCCCCUGGACUCCCAGGCAGUCCCGGCUCUCCUGGCCAGCCUGGGGUCUGUCAGUCGUGUCCCUCUAUAAAUGGAGGAAGUUUUUCUCCUCAGUAUGACUCCUAUGAUACCAAGGCUGGUACUGGACAAUAUCCACUUUCUCAAGUUCCAGGAAUGCCCGGCCCACCUGGCCUGCCUGGCCCACCUGGUCAACCAGGCUCACCCGGUGGUCAUGGAUACCAAGGUUCCCCUGGUGAGCCUGGACAACCUGGCCCUUCUGGACCUCCAGGACCCCCAGGAUUACUAGGCCCAGCAGGUCCCCCAGGAAAAGAUGGAGAAUCUGGAAGACCAGGCAGAACUGGUGAGCGUGGAUUACCUGGACCAGCGGGCCACAAAGGACCCCCUGGUAUGCCUGGAUUCAAUGGAAUGAAAGGUCACAGAGGCUUUGAUGGAAGAGAUGGCGCCAAAGGUGAUAGUGGUGCGCCUGGUCUGAAGGGUGAAAAUGGUCUUCCUGGAGCAAAUGGAUCACCUGGGCCAAUGGGUCCACGAGGUCCAGCUGGUGAAAGGGGAAGAUCAGGAUCUCCUGGUUCCGCUGGCGCCCGUGGUAAUGAUGGUACUCCGGGAACAUCUGGACAACCUGGUCCCCCUGGCCCUCCCGGAACUGCAGGAUUUCCCGGCUCUUCGGGUGCUAAGGGUGAAGCUGGUGCUCCAGGUUCCCCAGGCUCUGAUGGUACCCCUGGACAAAGAGGAGAACCUGGUCCACAAGGUCAUGCUGGUGCAGCUGGUUCUCCUGGCAAUCCUGGAAGAGAUGGAAACCCAGGUGGUAAAGGUGAAACGGGCCCUGCUGGUAUUCCUGGUGCUCCUGGGUUGAGUGGAGCCCGUGGCCCUCCUGGUCCGGCAGGUAUUAAUGGAAUUCCCGGACAAAGAGGCACGCCAGGUGAACCUGGUAAGAACGGUGCAAAAGGAGAGCCAGGCGCACGAGGAGAGCGUGGUGAAAAUGGUAUUCCAGGUGCUGGUGGUCCUCCUGGUGAAGAAGGCAAAAAGGGUGCUAAUGGUGAGCCAGGCACAAAUGGGUUACCUGGAACACCAGGAGAAAGGGGUACCCCAGGUUCCCGUGGCAUACCCGGUAGUAAUGGACUUCCAGGAGAAAAGGGUCCUGCUGGCGAACGUGGUAGUCCAGGCACUGCAGGUCCAAGAGGAGCUCCAGGAGAACCUGGACGUGAUGGUGGCCCUGGUCUUCCAGGAAUGAGAGGUUUGACAGGAAGUCCAGGAAGCCCAGGACAUGAUGGCAAACCCGGCCCUCCAGGUAAUCAGGGAGAAUCUGGCCGACCUGGCCCUCCAGGCCAAUCAGGUCCACGAGGUCAACCAGGUGUGAUGGGUUUCCCAGGUCCUAAGGGUAAUGAGGGUGCGCCAGGAAAGAAUGGAGAAAGAGGUGGCCCUGGAUCCCCUGGCACACAGGGUCUUCCUGGAAAGAGUGGUGAUGUCGGCCUCCCAGGUCCUCCAGGAGUCGCUGGUCCUCCUGGUGAAAAAGGAGAGGCGGGAUCUCCAGGUCCAUCUGGCUUCCAGGGAUUACCCGGUACUGCAGGUCCAUCUGGAGAGAGCGGAAAGCCUGGAGAACCAGGACAAAGAGGUGAAAAUGGAGCCCCUGGACUCCCGGGUACUAAGGGUGAAAAUGGUCUCCCAGGUGAACGUGGUCCACAAGGUCCUCAAGGUUCUCCUGGAGCAAGAGGUGGAACAGGUCCUCCUGGCCUAGAAGGUGGCAAGGGUCCUGCUGGUGCACCUGGCCCUCCUGGUAGUGCAGGGCCACCUGGUUUGCAAGGAAUGCCAGGAGAGAGAGGAGGUAACGGAAAUCCUGGACCCAAAGGAGAGAAGGGAGAGCCCGGUGGCAGAGGUAGUGAUGGCUUCUCUGGUAAAGAUGGACCAAGGGGUCCUGCAGGUCCCAUUGGGCCCCCAGGUCCAGCUGGCCCACAUGGAGAUAAGGGAGAACCUGGGUCAGCCGGACCCCCUGGUCCUAUAGGUGUCCGCGGUGGUCCUGGUGAUCGAGGUGAACAAGGCCCCCCUGGACCUGCUGGCUUCCCUGGAGCCCCCGGACAAAAUGGGGAACCUGGUGGAAAAGGAGAGAGAGGCCCUGGUGGUGAAAGAGGUGAGCCUGGUCCCGCAGGAGCUGCAGGUCCUCAAGGAGGCCCUGGUGCACCAGGUCCAGCUGGUUCCCAAGGAGCAAAAGGAGAGCGUGGUGCUCCAGGCGGCCCUGGUACAUCUGGUUUCCCAGGUGCUAGAGGCCUGCCUGGUCCCCCUGGUAAUAAUGGCAAUCCAGGGCCACCUGGUAAUGUUGGAGCUCCUGGAAAGGAUGGUGGUCCUGGUCCAGCGGGUAGCACUGGUCCGGCUGGUAGCCCUGGAGGUGCUGGUCCUAAAGGUGAGCCUGGCCAACCAGGUGAAAAAGGUUCACCAGGUUCACAAGGAGCAGCGGGUCCACCAGGUUCACCAGGCCCCUCAGGUAUAGCUGGUCAACGUGGUACUGUGGGACUGCCAGGCAUUGCUGGCAGAUCAGGUAGUCCUGGCCAACCUGGCCAAAAGGGUGAAGAUGGUAAACCAGGCAGCAAUGGUAGCCCAGGAGAACGUGGCGCUCCAGGUCUACAAGGUCCUCCUGGUCUAAGUGGACCAGCUGGAGAAUCUGGCAGAGAUGGUAAUCCUGGAACAGAUGGCUUGCCAGGUCGUGAUGGAUCCCCAGGAACCAAGGGCGAUCGUGGUGAAAAUGGUGGUCCGGGUGUACCUGGUGCCCCUGGACAUCCUGGGCCCCCAGGGAACAUUGGUCCAGCUGGAAAAACAGGUGAAAGAGGAAAUCCGGGUCCUUCUGGUCCCGUUGGCCCUGCCGGUCCUGCUGGUUCUCGUGGUGCUCCAGGUGCCCAAGGUCCUCGUGGUGACAAAGGUGAAACUGGUGAGCGUGGCAGCAAUGGCAUUAAGGGUCAUAGAGGAUUUCCUGGUAACCCAGGUUCCCCUGGUCCCCCUGGUGCUCUGGGUCCACAAGGUGCAAAUGGAAGUCCCGGAGCUAUGGGAGCGAGAGGUCCCCCUGGCCCAUCUGGUCCUCCCGGAAAGGAUGGUACGAGUGGUUACCCAGGCCCCAUAGGUCCUCCAGGCCCUCGUGGUAAUCGAGGUGAAAGUGGCUCUGCGGGUUCACCUGGCCAUCCAGGUCCCAUGGGUCCCCCUGGACUUCCUGGGGCUCCUGGUCCAUGCUGUGGGGGAGGUGAGGGCAUUGGCUCUUUAACUGGUGACAAAGGACAAUCAUACCUCUACGGAGACCAGCCAUCUGAAAACAAGAUCAAUAUGAACGACAUCUUAUCUUCAAUGAAAUCAAUUAACAACCAAAUCGAAAACAUCGUUAGCCCUGAUGGCUCCCGGAAGAACCCAGCUCGUAACUGCAGAGACCUGAAAUUCUGCCAUCCCGAACUCAACAGCGGAGAGUACUGGAUUGAUCCUAACCAAGGUUGCAAGAUGGAUGCUAUAAAAGCAUACUGUAAUAUGGAAACUGGUGAGACAUGCAUCAGUGCUAAUCCCAGCAGUGUGCCACGUAAAAACUGGUGGACCGGUUCAGGAGCUGAAAAGAAACACAUCUGGUUUGGAGAGUCUAUGAAUGGUGGUUUCCAGUUCAGCUAUGGAGAUCCAGAGCUUCCAGAAGAUGUUUCAGAUGUGCAGAUGGCAUUCCUUAGAUUGCUCUCUAGCCGUGCCUCUCAGAAUAUCACUUAUCACUGCAAGAACAGCAUUGCUUACAUGGAUCAGGCCAGUGGAAACGUUAAGAAAGCUCUGAAACUGAUGAGUUCCACUGAGACCGACUUCAAGGCUGAAGGAAACAGCAAAUUUACAUAUGCCGUUCUGGAAGAUGGCUGUACUAAGCACACUGGAGAAUGGGGUAAAACAGUCUUUGAAUACAGAACACGCAAGACAAUGAGGUUGCCUGUGGUGGAUAUUGCUCCCAUGGAUAUUGGUGGUCCUGAUCAGGAAUUUGGUGUGGACAUUGGCCCAGUCUGUUUCUUAUAAAAUCAAGGAUACUGCUUUUUCUAAAACCCCAGCAAGCAAAUCCACACUCUCCUUUUGUUUUAACCUUGUCAACUGGUACAGGUGCUCAACUGUAUCCCAGUUAUUUAUUUACAAAUUUUCUGGAAAAAAAAGGUAAUUCAACAGAGGGUUAAUUGUUUUUAAUUACACAAAGUACAAUAAAAAUGCUUUUUGCUUUUUUUAACCAAAUUCCAUCUUCAAAACAUGUCUCCGUGGUGCUAUAAUAAAACUUCAACACUCAACAAAACAAUACUGUCUUCUAUUAGUUGAAUGAAAGCCAAUUUACACAGCACUGAUUGUUCCCAGCAUCAAAGUUUACCCUAAGACGCCGUCCGUAAAGAUAGAAAGACUUCCCCGUUUCAACUACCUCAACAUGGACAGAAACUGGGAUGAGUUUGAUGAGUUACAGCAAAAAACAAACAGCCCAAUCAAAAUACAUUGGAACCAUUGGUUAAUUCAAGGGAAUUAGGUAUACAAUUGUAUUUUUCUUUACUGAUUAGUUUGAACACCCUAAUGUUACAAUCCAACAAUAAAAUUAUGGUAUUCUGUUUUCACGGGUGCUUCUAUACUUUCCUGUCAUGGCUGGUCAAGACCACUAAAAUUAGGGAAGUGUAAAAGACUAAUGUGAUGGUGCUAAUGUAUUUUUCACUUCUAAAUCUGCAAGACAGGUUUAUUGACUUGCAUUAAAGGAUUAACAACAAUUGUAAAUGUCUCCUGUCAGAGAUUAGGAUUGGCAUACUAUUUUUGAGGUCAUUCUCCCUUCACUCUGUAAAAGUCAAAGAUGCAGAAUUGUGAGCUUCUUUCAUCACAUUAACACAUUUGUAGUGUUGAAGGUUAACCAUCUUUGUAAGCUUUUAUAUUGUUGUUGGUCUUUUCCUUACAGAGACACAUAAUAAAUAUCUUAAUAAAACUC